GCCUCCAUUCACCUAUGUAAAUUAUAAGUCAAGCUAGUUCUACUUCUCGUUUCUGUAGCGGUUUCGCAGUUUUCACUCAGCGAGUCAACCGAGUCCAGGGCAAGCCAAUCGUCAUGGCGAUAAUUUCUGAGUAUCAGGAGGAUGGAAAGGAGACCAACCCAAAGCCGAAUCCGUCAUCGUCGUCUUCAUCUAAAACGUUGUCGUUUAACGCGACGUUCGAUCCGAGGAAUCCUAUAGGGAUUGUGGAGAGGCUGUUCGAUUUUCUGGUGAAUGAAACCGAAUUUAUGGCUGAAGACACAGCGGAGAAGCAGAUCGUGGCUGUGGUGAUGGCAGCUAAGAAUAAGGUUAAGAAGAAGAUGGCGGAGGAGAGAGAAAGGGAAGCUGCUCUCACGGGUAAUGAGAGCAAGACGCUGAAGGAGGAGAAUAAGGCCGAGGUCAAAGAAGAGAAGAAGGUUGAGCUCGAAAAGGAGAUAAAGACCAAAGUCAAGGAGGAGCCAAUGGAGAUCGAGGAGGAAAGUGGCUGCAGAGUUCCAAACAAAGGUAAUGGCCUUGAUCUGGAGAAAUAUUCAUGGACACAGACCCUACAAGAGGUUAAUGUACUUGUUCCUGUUCCUUCUGGUACUAAAUCAAGGUUUGUUGUAUGUGACAUAAAGAAAAACCAUCUGAAAGUUGGACUAAAGGGUCAGCCUUCAAUAAUUGAAGGAGAGCUUUACAAGCCUAUCAGGGUUGACGAUUGCUAUUGGAGCAUAGAGGACCAGAAUACCAUCUCAAUCCUUUUGACCAAGCAUGACCAAAUGGAAUGGUGGAAAUGCUUAGUGAAGGGAGAUCCUGAAAUUAAUACUCAGAAAGUUGAACCUGAAAAUAGCAAACUAGCUGACCUGGAUCCUGAAACACGGCAGACUGUUGAAAAGAUGAUGUUUGAUCAGCGACAGAAAUCAAUGGGUCUCCCAACCAGUGAUGAGAUGCAGAAGCAGGAGAUGCUCAAAAAGUUCAUGGCUCAGCAUCCGGAGUUGGAUUUCUCGAAGGCCAAGAUAUCAUAAGAUUGGAAUGUUUAAUUUGGCGGCAGAGGGUUAGUCUAAAUGGCUGGGGCCUCUCCUUAUCCAGUGGGUUUUCUUUUUGUUGGGCUUGGAAUGGGUAACUCUUAAGGUUUGGAUUGGUUGAACUCUGUUAACAGUUUUGGAGUUGAAAAUUUUUGGAUAGACGUGUGCUUUGCGGUCCCAAAUUUAAAUAUAGCUUUUGUGGUGCUAA